AAAUAAUCGCAUAUUCUUCUGCAUAAUGCAUAUGACAUUUUUGUUAAAUAAAAGUAAGAUACAUGCAGUUCACAGAGCACAAUAAUUUAUAUAGACUGGAUUAGCUCUGAUGUGUAUAUGUGUGAAAUACAGGCUACACGUGGCUACAGGCUGACUACCGACGUCACAACUUGCAUGUAAUAAACAGAACGUACAGUCUUCCGAUUUUUCUAUCGGUAACAAAAGUGGCAAGAUGAUUCAAAUGUCUAGAUUGGAAAUUAAUAUCAGACGACUUUUAACGCGCUGCGAAUUAAUAGCGAAAGAUGACCCUCACAAAGACUGGAAACUUGAAAAGUAUAUUUCUGCUCUGGAUGAUAUGAUGAACAAGCUACAAAACAUACCAAACAAACCAUCCAAAGACACCAUGAUAGGCUAUACUAAACGGAUAGACUUCUUGAAAGGAGUAAUAAAUGCAAUGAAGUUGUCGAAUCCAGUGGAGAGAGUAGUCGCUGCACAGUUAAUAUCAAAAAAUACAGCUUCAGUGAAUAAUCCUAAUACAAAUAUCACGACGCAGAUACAUCAGAAGACUAUCGCAAAAUACAAUAAGGAACUACGGGCUGAUUUAUUCCAUACUGACAAAAGUGCUAAUAAGGAUGGCGUACGACAGAGAUUAUCGAAUUCAAAUAUCCAAGACGAGGACUUAGAUGCUAUUUUGAAGUAUAAUCGUAAUAUCCAGGAAAAAAUAGCCGAGAAUAUGCUCUCCAUGACUAGCAGUAUGAAGGAACAUGCGUUAGCUGCAAGUGCUAUCAUAAAGAAGGAUAUUGGUGUAUUGGAAACGUCUGAUAAAUUAACGGACAUUAAUGCCGUCAAACUGAAGAAGGAAGCUUUGAAGCUGGAAGAGCACACUAACUCAAAAUGGAGAUGUUGGGUAUGGCUUAUGAUAGCUUUCGUUCUGGUUGUAUUUUUCAGUAAGGUAAAAGUGGUCAGGGCAUUGUGCAAGUAUACCGCACAACGUACAGAUGAAUUGUCUUUUGACGAAGGAGAUCUGCUUUACGUCUAUGACAGAGAUGCCGAUCCCAACUGGUGGAGGGCUAAGUGUCGAGAUCAAAAGGGACUUAUACCAGUUACUUAUGUUGAAGAACAAACGCAAGAGGUCGAACUACCAUUGCACGACGCCGCGAGACGGGGUAAUCUCUCGUUCCUGAAGGAAUACUUGAAGCAAGGUAUAUCGGGCACUGGUUUAGAUGCAGCUGGGAACACACCAUUGUAUUGGGCAGCGCGUACUGGCCACUUGGAAUGCGCACGGGAGCUCCUCAGUUUAUCGAACACCAUGGUAAACGCCCAGAAUAAAAUGGGUGACACAGCGUUGCACGUGGCGGCGGGCCACAGUCAUCUGGAGAUGGUAAAUUUAUUGCUGGAACAUAAUGCAGACGCGACAUUGAGGAAUAACGAUGGUCUCAGUGCGGAAGAAUUGGCUUCCGAUGCUUCUAUUAAGAAUGCAAUUCAGUUGCAACAACGCCAUUACGAUAGUACGUCUGGAUAUGACGAUGAGGAUUACAAUGAUGAUAGUGAUUAAGAAUUUCACACUAAGUAUUUCCAAGGAAAACAAGUAUUGCACGUUUUAAGACAUCAUUUUACUAUUUGAAAGAUCUUAAAAAGACGUUCCGUGUCUUUAUACUACUUAGUCUUUAUAUAAUGUCUUUACAUCUAGAAGCAUUUAUAAGAAGUAUUCUUUUGUACUUCGCGUGAUAUAUUAUAGAGUAUUUUAAUGUCUUACUGCGAUUAGAGCUAAUGGGCAAUACGACUUUUACAUUUAAAAAAGAAGAUAUAGACUGUAUCAGAACAAAUCAAAA